AUAAACGCAUCAGUCGUUUUUUAGCCACUCAAAGAAAUUGUUCGAGAGCGGACCGAUUUACAAGUGCGCAACCAGUUGAAUUCUUUGCAACUGCACUUUGCUUUCGAGGACUCGCUGGCCAGACAGAAUUUGCUUUUGGCCAGGACUCAGUACUUGCUUAAACUCGGAUUGCGUGCGUGGGUGUCCGUGUGUGUCCCGUCUCUCUCGCACUGCGUGUGUCUGUGUGCGUGAGGCGAGCGCGAUUUAAAAAUAAAACGGCAAAUACAUAAUAAAAAAAUAUCGAAGAGCAACAGCGGCAGGCGUACCAACACAAACAAACCGAUACCAGCCAGCCGUGUGUGUUUACACAGUGUUGUGCGUUGGUGUUUGUGUACCAAAGUUUCCUCCUAACCAUACUAAAUCCAAACCAAAUCACAAAGCCACGAUCUCGUUCGCAUGUAUGCCCAUGCAUUUUAUGGACGCCUCAGACUCAUUUGCCUGUGGAAGCCAGCCGGACAUUGAUCGGGCCCAGAGCUUCGUCAAAGGGUCCCAGAACAGAAACUGAAAUUGAAACUGAAACAGAAACAGAAACCGAGCCAGAAACCAAGUCCCAACCGUUGCACUGAUCACCAUACACAUUCAGCUGUCAUAGCUAAGCAUCCAAAAUCACAAUACCAUCAUCAUAUCCAUUGGGGAGAGCAAGAGCAUGAGCCUGUGGAAGCGCAUCUCCAGCCAUGGCGACUGCGAGCAGCGUAUGGCGGCUUACUACGAGGAGAAGGGUCUGCUCGACCUGCGCCUCUGCUUGGCGCCCUGGAUCGAAGACAGGAUAAUGUCCGAGCAGAUUUCACCCAACACCCCCGAGCAGUUGGAGCGCGUGGCCCUCAAGUUCAACGAAGAUCUGCAGCAGAAGCUUCUCUCCACGCGCACCGCCAGCGACCAGGCCCUCAAGUUCCGAGUGGUGGAGCUCUGCGCCCUCAUUCAACGCACCUCCGCGCUCGAGCUGUACUCGUACCUGCGCACCGGCCUACAAAAGGAGCUGCAACUGGUCACCGAGAAGAGCGUAUCUGCCACCGCAGGCCAAUCGAUGCCGCUCAAUCCCUACAACAUGAACAACACGCCCAUGGUUACCGGCUACAUGGACCCCAGUGACCUGCUGGCGGUGUCCAAUAGCUGUAAUCCGGCCGUGGUCCAGAACAUAGCUCCCAUUCACAAUGUGCAAAAUACGGGCGGCAUUGCGUCCCCAGCCCUCGGCAUGGCCACGCCCAAGGUGGAGCUGUACGAUGUGCAGCACCAGAUCAUGCAGAGCCUCAAUGAGUUCGGUGGCUGUGCCAACGCUUUGAAGCUGCUUGUCCAGAACUACGGAUACAUGUUGAACUCCACAUCCUCGCCGAACGCGGAGGCUGCCUUCAGAAGUCUGAUUGAUGAGAAGGCGGCCAUUGUGAUCACAAUGCGUCGCAGCUUUAUGUACUACGAGUCGCUGCACGAGCUGGUCAUUCACGAGUUGAAGAACUGGCGCUACCAGCAAGCACAAGCCGGAAACGGAGCCCCAUUCAAUGAGGGCUCCCUGGACGACAUCCAGCGCUGCUUUGAGAUGCUCGAAACAUUUAUAGCCCACAUGCUGGCUGCCGUUAAGGAGACGAUGCGCGUCCGUCUCGUCACAGAAGAGCCGGAGCUAACACAUCUGCUUGAACAGGUGCAAAAUGCGCAAAAGAACUUGGUCUGCUCAGCCUUCAUCGUGGACAAGCAGCCGCCACAGGUGAUGAAGACCAACACACGGUUCGCAGCUUCCGUGCGCUGGCUUAUAGGCUCCCAGCUGGGUAUCCACAACAACCCGCCCACUGUUGAAUGCAUCAUUAUGUCAGAAAUGCAGUCGCAACGCUUUGUCACUCGCAACACACAGGUGGACAACAGCAGCCUGUCCGGUCAAUCAUCCGGCGAGAUACUGAAUGCCUCCAGCACCAUGGAGUACCAGCAGAACAACCACGUGUUCUCUGCCAGCUUCCGAAACAUGCAGCUGAAGAAGAUCAAGCGAGCAGAGAAGAAGGGCACCGAAAGCGUUAUGGAUGAGAAGUUUGCCCUUUUCUUUUACACCACCACCACAGUAAACGAUUUCCAGAUCCGGGUGUGGACCCUGUCCCUGCCCGUUGUGGUGAUCGUCCACGGCAACCAGGAGCCCCAGUCCUGGGCCACUAUUACAUGGGACAACGCGUUUGCUGAGAUUGUACGCGAUCCCUUCGUGAUUACCGACCGUGUUACCUGGGCCCAACUGUCGGUGGCACUUAACAUAAAAUUCGGAUCAUGCACAGGGCGCUCACUGACUAUUGAUAACCUGGACUUCCUUUACGAGAAGCUCCAGCGUGAGGAGCGAACUGAGUACAUUACGUGGAACCAGUUCUGCAAGGAGCCCCUGCCCGACAGGUCGUUCACCUUCUGGGAGUGGUUCUUCGCCAUCAUGAAACUCACCAAAGACCACAUGUUGGGCAUGUGGAAGGCUGGCUGCAUCAUGGGCUUCAUCAACAAGGCCAAGGCCCAUGCUGACCUGCUGCGUUCAGUCUAUGGCAUCGGUACCUUCCUGCUCCGCUUCUCCGACAGCGAGCUGGGUGGAGUCACCAUCGCCUAUGUAAACCCAUUGGGAGAAGUCACCAUGCUGGCCCCAUGGACUGCCCGUGACUUCCAGGUGCUGAACCUGGCCGAUCGCAUUCGUGAUUUGGAUGUGCUGUGCUGGCUGCAUCCUAGCGAUCGUAACGCGAGCCCCGUGAAAAGGGAUGUCGCCUUCGGCGAGUUCUACUCGAAGCGUCAAGAACCCGAACCCCUCGUUCUAGAUCCCGUGACCGGCUAUGUGAAGAGCACAUUGCACGUCCACGUUUGUAGCAAUGGGGACAACGUAUCCACUGCUGGAACACCGCAUCACCACGGUGCACAGGAGAACAUGCAAUUGGGAAAUUUCUCGCCGCAAAGCACCUGCAUUUUCUCUAGCCCAGCCCCACCAGAGGAAUCAGAUUCCGAUGCUAGCGAAACGGCCGAGGCCCUAGCGAAUUAUGUGAAUACCGCUCCACCCAACGACCCCCUGCUGGGUGUAAUCAGUAAUGCCCUAAUGAAGAGCGUCAAUUGUCCUGGUGACUUUGGAAUGACGGACUUCGAUUCGAUGGGGACCUUUGAUAACUUUUAAAACUAACUAAACUAGCAACUAGAGAAGCCUAUGUAUAAACGAAAUCAGAUAGCCACCGGCGCUAUCUUGGAAGUCCGACGAUGAUGUUGACGCCACCUCAACGAUUGCAACGAUCUGGCGCAUGACUCAGUGUGCUAUUCGAAAGUUUUAUUUAAUGUUAUCUAGAUGUAAUUAUUAGAUUUGCGAAUGCAUCGUAGUGGAAGGUUUUGUUUUGCUUUUUGUGAAACGCCAAACCACAGAAACAACAUCAAACCAACAAUACCAGGGCAAUGCAUGCUAAUUGCGACACCUCAACACACAAACACAAUCCACAGCACACACAGCCAGAGUACUGUCUUUAUCGUGAUUAUGAUUGUGUCUGACCCAUGCAGAAUUUUGAAUUUCUGUGUUGUAUAAACCUUUGGAAUGUGUCCGCAUGUUAUUCGUUUUAUAUUUUUAUAUAUACCUUUAUAUAUGAUGUAUACAUAUGAUUUCUUUUUUGUACUGCGACGUGUUCGUCUGUGACAAAGCAUUACGUUUAAUUGAUAAUGAUGAUAUGAGAAUCGGUUUAGUUAGUGAGUAACUAAUUGUUGAAUCUAAAUUUUUGAUUUUGAUUUUAAUUUUAAUCGCCUAAUUUUAAUUAUUUGAAAUACAAAUUACUUCGCGUGCUAAGCCUAUGCUAAACGAAAGAUGAAAAACAAAUCAACGAGAGCAGCAACGCAGGAAGGGAGUGCGUUUAAUUUAGUUAUGAUCUAAGUACCAUUGUGAAUUGCUUUAUAACCCAUCCUCUAUUGGCUUCCAAUGCUGAAAAUGCGCUAAAAUUUAACGAGUCCAUGUAUAUUUUUUUUAACUUGUUUGUUUGAGUCAUCAGGGCACUGUUUGCAAUGCAUUUCAAAUGCGCCAAAUGCGAUUGCCUUUUUAGUCAGUUAUUAGAGACACACGUUUGUAUGCGAGAAUCGUAAACAUAAUCAUUUAUGUAAACAACAAAAAUAACACAACACUACACUUAGCUUUGUACGUGAACCUUAAGAAUUUUAUAAGACUUAAGUACAACACCCCAAAUAAAUAAACAAUUCAGUAAACAAUUGAAACACUCGAAACACUUGAAUGCGAAUGAAAGCGGAUUUCCUCCUCUUGUGUACUCACAGAUUGCGAAACAAAAUGUAAUAUUGUGUACGUAAAGUUUUUAAUGUUUAAUUGUGAAAGCUAUCGCACACACACAUUCCCCCCAGAAACUAUACACAAACAACCACAGAACACAGAUACACAUGAGAAAGCUCGCCAAAAACAAUGUUGAUAUUUGGAUACUAUUUGAAUGUCCUGUACUCACUGUGUACUUGAAUUAAUUGUGUACAUUGUGUAAGUGUUUUAAAUGUAAUUUCAAACGCUAAUUGGGUGUGCAAUUUCGAAAACUAAAGUGGGAAAUAACUAAAGAACUAUUCUUGUCAAAACGGCCAAUAAAGAUUUGAUUUUAAACAUUAAA